AAACAGAGUGACUCCCUCCACUACACCGCCUCCAUUUUGAAUAGCCAUGUAAUAGGGGAUUCGCAUAGUUUUUGUGUGUAUCGCCCACUGCGCUGCGUAGUGUCAACAAGCCACAUCCAAACAUCCUUCGACAUGGACGACCUGUUCAGUCCGCGGAGGAGCCUGAACAGUACUCAAGGCGAGAUAAGAGUGGGACCAAGUCAUCAGGCCAAACUUCCAGAGUUGCAGCCGCGGCCAUCUUCUGGUUUACAGACUCAGACAGACGGCGAGGAGCUGAUGUGGACGCCCGGGGUCAAUGACUGUGACCUGCUCAUGUACCUCAGAGCUGCAAGGAGCAUGGCGGCGUUUGCAGGGAUGUGUGAUGGUGGAUCCACAGAGGAUGGAUGUUUAGCAGCCUCCCGUGAUGACACCACACUCAACGCACUCAACAUGCUACACGCAAGUCAUUAUGAUGCAGCGAAAGCUCUCCAGCGUCUGGUGAAGAAACCGCUGCCGAAGCUCAUUGAGAAAUGCUGGUCGGAGGAUGAUGUGAAACGCUUCAUCAAAGGCCUGAGACAGUAUGGAAAAAAUUUCUUCCGCAUCCGGAAAGACUUUCUGCCCAGCAAAAAGACUGGAGAGCUGAUCACUUUCUAUUACCACUGGAAGAAAACUCCUGAGGCUGCAGGAACGAGAGCUUAUCGACAGCAGCGCCGGCAGCCGUCCUCCCGCAAAGCAAAGACUCGCUCUGCGGCAGUUCCUGUCACCCCAUCGCGAAACUAUCCAGUGGAUGCAAGUUCUGCCAGUGAGGAUGAUCUUGAUAGUGAAGACAGUGAGCAGGAAGUCAAGAGCUGUAGCCACUGUGGUACAACAAGUUCUAAGGAUUGGCACCAGGGCCGAAGAGACAACCCGUUGCUGUGCACGUCUUGUCGCACAUAUGAAAACAAACAUGGAUGUCUCCCGCCAGCUCCGAAAUCUGCAGGCGCUCCAUUCAUGUUUAAACCUGUUAAAGAGGAAGAAGAGGUGAACAGCAAGCAUGGCAUGAGGACGCGGCGCAGCAGAGCACCUCAGCUGUCAUCUUUAAGAAGCGGCCACAGGAGGCUCACAGGCUCCCCCACCAGUGAGGAUCAGCAGUCCAGCAGCCAGCCCUCCCCGAGUGGAACUAAUAACUCUUUGAGAUCGUCUUCCACAGAUAAUAAGAACGAAUCCAACAAGAAGACGAACAAGAAGAUAAAAGAGGAGGUGACAUCACCAAAGACAACAAAGCGUGUUCGGGAGAGUCCUGCUCAGGAGCCUGACGAGCCUGAAAAAGUUACACCUAAAAGGCCGAAGACACAGGAUCCACGGGGCUCGCGGUCAGAGGGAGAGGCCGAGGUCGAGGAGGAAAGCUCUUCAGAAAGCCGCAGUGCUCAGGACGACGGCAGCAGUGACACCAAAGACAUCGAUCAGGACAACCGCAGCUCCUCUCCCAGCAUUCCCAGCCCUCAGCAGGGCAACGAGAGCGACUCUGACUCGUCUGCCCAGCCGAACGGCGCGCCAUCGGAGCCUGUUGCUCCUGCUGCUGUGUUGGCCGACACACCAGUCCCACAGGUCCUGCCCUCUCGACCCAUCACUCCUCAGCCGAUGCAAAGCGCUCCUCCUGCUGAUCCUGCUCAGAGCCCCCCUCCUCCUUCUCCAGACCCCCCUCAGUCAGCUGCAGGUCGACCACAGCCCACCUCUCACCCUCUGGCUGCUCCACCACCUCUGCCGUCAGCACUGGGUCAGGACUCUCCUCUUUCUCCAGCGUUUCAGGUCCCGCCUGCUCUCAGCUCUGCACAGCCUCUGCAGCCCCUCGGCCCGUCACCUCAGGCCCCCCAGCGACCGCCACCCUUCUUCAGGGAGUCUCAGCUCCCCCAGCCUCCACUGUCCGGCCCACAAAUCAAGCCUCCUCCUACUACUCCAAUUCCACCGUCACACAAACAGCUGCCACAACAGUCCGCUACACCUUUCCCUCAGAUGCCCUCAAACCUCCCCCCUCCCCCGGCUCUAAAGCCGCUCAACUCUCUGCCCAGUCCGCAUCCUCCAGGUGCCCCUCCUCCCCCUCUCCAGCUCAUGCCGCAGCCUUUGCCAAUGCCGUCGAUUCCCACCCAACUUCCAGUGAUCUCUCAGGUGCAGACCCACCCUGGAAAAAGCAUGACAUCCUCUCACUCUCCUGCUGCCGCCUCACACCCGCUCACCUCCGUUACAUCCUCUGUUAUCGGCCCCAUCCCGAGCCUCCAACCAUCAUUCCCACCUCUUCCUCUGAGACCCUCACCAAGCUCCACGGCAGGAGGAUCACAAAUUCAGAUUAAAGAAGAGCCACUGGACGAGAUAGAAGAGGUUGAGAGCCCACCACCUCCGCCUCGGAGCCCCUCCCCAGAGCCCACCAUCGUCAACAUGGCGAGCCAUGCCAGCCAGUCUGCACGCUUCAUCAAACAUUUGGAUCGCGGUUACAACUCCUGUGCCAGAACAGACCUGUUCUUCACUCCACUUUCAUCCUCCAAGCUGGCCAAGAAAAGAGAGGAGGCUGUGGAGAAGUCCAGGAGGGAGGCUGAGCUCAGUGCUCGACAAGAACGUGAAAGAGAGAAAGACAGAGAGCGAGAGAGAGAAAGAGAGGCGGACAGAAACGCUAGAGCCUCCAGCUCCUCCCACGACAGUCGCAUGAGUGACGUUCAGAUGACGGUCCAGAGCCACGGACGGCCCUCCUUUGAGCAGCCGCCCACCACUGUAGCUGCUGUGCCCCCGUACAUUGGCCCUGAUACACCUGCUCUGCGCACCCUCAGUGAAUACGCCCGACCGCAUGUCAUGUCGCCCACCAACCGUAACCAUCCUUUCUACGUGUCACUGAGUCCUGGCGACCCUUUGCUGGCUUAUCACAUGCCUGGCCUGUACAGCGCCGAGCCCAGUCUCAGGGAGCGUGAGCUCAGGAACCUCCGAGAGAGGGAGCUCCGCGAGAGGAUGAAGCCGGGCUUCGAGGUCAAGCCCCCAGACAUGGAAACAUUACACCCCUCAGCCAACCCAAUGGAGCACUUUGCCCGACACGGGGCCAUCGGUCUUCCCCACAUUCCAGGGCCCCCCCACCACUUCGCACCCUUCCAUCCCGGGCUGAACCACCUGGAGCGGGAGAGGAUGGCGCUGGCGGGGCCUCAGCUGCGCCCGGAGCUGAGUUACGCAGAGCGACUCACUGCAGAGCGGCUUCACGCAGAGAGGAUGGCGUCUGUGGCAACCGACCCUGCUACCAGGCUGCAGAUGCUCAAUGUGACACCGCAUCAUCACCAGCACUCUCACAUUCACUCACACCUGCACCUGCACCAACAGGAUCCCCUCGGUCAAGGUUCAAGUCCUCAUCCUCUGGUGGACCCACUGGCACCAGGACCGCGUUUGGCCCGCUUCCCCUUCCCUGGGGGCCCGAUCCCCAACCCUUUACUCAGUGAUAUUCCUCAUGAUCAUGAGAUGCUCCGCCACCCGCUGUUUGGAGCCGCGUAUCCACGAGAGCUGCAGGGCCCCAUUCCUCAGAUGUCCGCUGCUCACCAGCUCCAGGCCAUGCAUGCUCAGUCUGCAGAGCUGCAGAGGAUGGCCAUGGAGCAGCAGUGGCUGCAUGGGCAUCACCUGCAUGGAGGCCCUCUACCGAGUCAGGAAGAUUAUUACAGCCGUCUGAAGAAAGAAGGUGACAAGCCAUCUUGAGUGCCAGGUGGUGCAUGCCCCGAAACCCGACACUCACUCCCACUAGAAAAACUGUGUACUUUUAAGACUGUAAGAGAAUAUUUGUGUCAUUUUCUUUGU